GUUAAGGGUUUGGGAUCGCAACCGCUGUUGCCGGAGCAAAUCUACCUGGGGGCGAAAUUUCUUAGCGUUUGUUCAUCUUCUUGUCUUAUCUUGACGUGGCUUUUAAUUGGAUUAUAUUUUUUAUUCUUGCUGUUCUUGAAUCUCUGGAUCUCCUGUUUGCAUGUCUCCGAGAGUGAAUUUUGCUAUCGCAUGAAUGAGUGUUUCUUGCCACUAAUUAGCUUUCUCCUGGGGAUAUUCAUAUAUCAACUUGCAGCUCAAUAUUUCACUAGUCAGUUCGCUUACGACUUCCGGUGUAAAAUUGUUUUGGGAUGUUUGGGAAUCUGGGCAGAAAGUUUGUCGCUUGUGUUUUGCUUCUCUUGAAAUUGAACAUGGCAUAGGUUCACCGCGUCAUUUAGUAUCUUAUAAAGUAUUUCUCGUGUGUGAUCUGUUUGUUUGUAUAGUUUUUUAAGCAAAUUCAUUUAUUCUCCACUUAUUUCACAGAAGCAAUGCCUCGAUAUGAUGAUAAAUAUGGCAACACUCGCCUCUAUGUGGGCCGUUUGUCUUCAAGGACACGUUCGCGUGAUCUGGAGCGACUCUUUAGCCGAUAUGGAAGAAUUCGAGAUGUGGAUAUGAAGCAUGAUUUCGCCUUUGUUGAGUUUAGUGACUACCGCGAUGCUGAUGAUGCAAGAUAUAACCUGGAUGGCCGUGAUGUUGAUGGAAGUCGAAUAAUUGUGGAGUUUGCAAAAGGGGUGCCACGUGGUUCUCGAGAAUAUUUAGGUAGAGGUCCUCCUCCUGGUUCUGGACGCUGCUUUAAUUGUGGCCUUGAUGGACACUGGGCUCGAGAUUGCAAAGCUGGAGACUGGAAGAACAAGUGUUACCGCUGUGGAGAGAGAGGCCAUAUUGAACGAAACUGCAAGAAUAGUCCGAAGAAGUUGAGCUUUUUGUGUUUAUCCAGCAGACGUGGGCGUAGUUAUUCACGGUCACCGGUUAGGUCACCUUCUCCCCGUCGUGGCAGAAGCCGUGAUCGAAGUUAUAGCCGAGAUCGAAGCUACAGCCGAUCAAGAUCACCUGUCAGAAGAGAACGGAGCCCAGUACAUGAAGAUAGGUCAUUGAGUCCUCGAUACAGAAGCCCGGAACCCAAAGAUAGUCCUCCACCCUCGAGGACAAGGGAUCGGAGUCUGACACCAGAUGAUGGCAGUCCAGAGAAGAGAGGUGAGGCUUCUCCUGGUAAUGGCAAGCAAGAUGGGUCUGACUACAGUCCUAGAGAAAAGAGCAGAAGCCCGGCUAGUAGCCCCGCAAGGGACAGCUAUGUCAGCCCUAAAGCAAAUGGUCGGAGCCAGAGUGCCAGCCCCAAGGAUGACCGAAGCCCCAUUGAAGAUGAUGAUGAUACCCGCCAUUCGCCCAGAGGCAGUGAGUCACCUUAAGAUGUUUUCAGGCGUGAGUUAAAAGUGGUGUUAGAAGACAGGCUUAUUUUAUUAUUAUGUAGUUGGUUUCAUGAAUCUCUGUUUGCCUUUUGGAAGUCUGACGGGAUAACUCAUGUUUAUGGUCCUUAUCAAGGCACAUUUUUUUCCCUUGUC